GUCACGUCGUCCAUUUUCACGGAUCCGCACAUGGUGCUACGCCGGCUGAGGAUCGCCAGCCUUUUCGUUUUCGGGAUUUUUGCUCCGCUGUAGACAAAAGUCCGUGUCGUAGUUCUGUUAAAUGAAAGAAACGGUGGAUAUGGUGGACGACCCCGAGUAUGAAGAGGAGGAGCCUUCCUUCAGCGACCCGGAGGACUACGUGGACGAUGUCGACGACGACGAGCUUCUUGAUGACAUCCUGAGGGAGAAACCCCAGGAGGCAGACGGCAUAGACUCGGUGGUGGUGGUGGACAACGUCCCUCAGGUGGGCCCGGAGCGUUUGGAAAAGCUCAAGAACGUCAUACACAAGAUCUUCUCCAAGUUUGGCAAGAUCACGACCGAGUUUUACCCAGAUGCAGAUGGCAUGACCAAAGGUUACAUCUUCCUGGAGUAUGCUUCUCCUACUCAAGCCCUCGAAGCGGUCAAGAACGCAGAUGGAUACAAACUCGACAAGCAGCACACGUUUAGGGUCAACCUCUUCACUGACUUUGACAAAUACAUGAACAUCAGCGAUGAAUGGGAAGCUCCAGCAAAGCAGCCUUUCAAAGACUUUGGGAAUAUGCGCCAUUGGAUCGAGGACCCAGAUUGCCGUGACCAGUACAGUGUGAUCUAUGAAGCUGGAGAGAGGACUGCCAUUUUCUCCAACGACGCUAAAGAGCCAAUCACAGUUGAAGAGAGAGCGCGCUGGACAGAGACGUACGUCCGAUGGUCUCCUAAAGGUACCUACCUGGCUACGUUCCACCAGCGGGGAAUCGCACUGUGGGGCGGCGAGAAGUUCAAACAGAUUCAGAGGUUCAGCCAUCAGGGUGUGUCCCUCAUCGACUUCUCACCAUGUGAAAGGUAUGUGGUGACCUUCAGUCCACUGAUGGACACCAAGGAGGACCCACAGGCCAUCAUCAUCUGGGACAUUCUGACCGGACAGAAGAAGAGAGGCUUCCACUGUGAGAGUUCUGCACAUUGGCCUAUUUUUAAAUGGAGUCAUGAUGGGAAGUUCUUUGCAAGGAUGACACCAGACACACUGAGUAUCUAUGAAACUCCAUCUAUGGGCUUACUGGACAAGAAGAGUCUCAAGAUUACUGGGAUAAAGGACUUCUCGUGGUCUCCUGGUGACAACAUCAUAGCAUUCUGGGUACCCGAGGACAAAGACAUCCCAGCCAGGGUGACUCUGAUGCAGAUGCCCUCCCGUCAGGAGAUCCGCGUUCGCAAUCUCUUCAAUGUCGUCGACUGCAAACUGCACUGGCAGAGAAACGGGGAUUAUCUGUGUGUGAAAGUUGACAGGACUCCCAAAGGAACACAGGGUGUCGUUACCAACUUUGAAAUCUUCCGCAUGAGAGAGAAGCAGGUUCCUGUCGAUGUGGUGGAGAUGAAGGAAAGCAUCAUAGCGUUUGCGUGGGAGCCCAAUGGCAGUAAGUUUGCUGUCCUCCACGGCGAGUCGCCAAGAAUCAACGCCUCCUUCUAUCAUGUCAAAAACAACGGCAAGAUCGAGCUCAUAAAGAUGUUUGACAAGCAGCAGGCCAACAGUAUCUUCUGGAGCCCCCAGGGACAGUUUAUGGUGCUGGCUGGGCUCAGGAGUAUGAACGGAGCUCUCGCCUUUGUAGACACGUCAGACUGCACCAUGAUGAACAUAGCAGAGCAUUACAUGGCCUCUGACGUGGAGUGGGAUCCAACGGGUCGCUACGUCGUCACCUCCGUCUCGUGGUGGAGCCACAAGGUGGACAAUGCGUACUGGCUGUGGACGUUCCAGGGCCGACUCCUCCAGAAGAACAACAAGGAUCGAUUCUGUCAGCUGCUCUGGAGACCAAGACCUCCAACCCUGCUCAGCAUAGAACAGAUAAAGAUGAUCAAAAAGGAUCUGAAGAAAUACUCAAAGAUCUUUGAGCAGAAGGAUCGUCUGAGCCAGUCCAAGGCUUCUAAGGAGCUGGUGGACAAGCGCAGGGCAAUGAUGGAGGACUACCGACGGUACCGGGAGGAGGCGCUGAAGAUUUAUCAAGAACAGAAGAGCAUUCGCCUUGAGCUCAGAGGAGGAGUGGACACAGAUGAGCUGGACAGCAAUGUGGACGACUGGGAGGAAGAGACCAUUGAGUUUUUUAUCAACGAAGAAAUCAUUCCCAUUGGAGAUCUGUAGUCCCCUACGCAGUCCAUCCGUUUUUGUGUGGAAGGAGGAGAGAGGAGCUACGUCAUUGAUUGGAGAAGGACGACGACCACGCUGUGAAUCUUGGGGCUUCAUCUCGGGCCGCAACGUUCAACUCAUCAUCAAAGUGCGCCUUACGGAUCAGCAGCUUCAUCGAGAGACAAAAGAGAAUACUUUGUAUUGCCUAUUUUCUCUUUGUCUCUCAGCAUCACCCAUUUUUUUCCUCUGUGGACUUUGAUAUUUAGCAAAACUGCCUCCUACUCUGUUCAUUAGUUGGAGUCUCAGUGUCUAAUCUCAAACUCCAUCCUGUGUUGGACCUUCCUCAACCCCCCCUGGGGAUUUUUUUGAACUAGCCUCACCAUGCUAGUCUGUUGUUACAGGGCAGCACAGAGUGCCAUACCAUUCAGGGGUGGAGGUGUUGUGAAUAAACAAGUAGCCUUGUUAAUAAAUGUGCUGAUGUGGCGCUAUAGUGGCCUGUAUCCUCCUCCUUUCAGACUAGGCUUUCACACAGGGAGGGGGCGCGCAGUGGGAAAACCUUUAAAUAAACAAACAGAAUACCACCUGA